GAAUCAAAACAAAAGGCGAAAAAAUAGAAUUCUUAUUUUUUUAGCAUGCGAAAUGGGCAAAUUGUUUUCGGAAUUAAAUAAAUAAUUGUCCGUUGGCUUUGCAACAAAGUCAACAUGAAGCUGUACAAGCUGAACACGCACACGCGUGGAUGCAAUAAAUCCUACGAUGCGGACCUGGUGAUGAAUCUGAAGGACCAUCCCAACGCCAAUGUGGGCGAUGUCGUCGAGAUCUAUGCCCCCGACGAGGAGAAUGGCACCCACCUGCUGCUCCAGAUCACCGAGUUCAACGGCAGCUGUGGCCGGGAUGUGAUCAGCAUCGAAUCGGGCAUCGCCAAUGCCUUUAAGAUGCGUCAGUACUCCAAUGUGGUGAUGAGGAUAGUCAACCCGGCGGAUGUGGCCCUGGACUCCAUAGAGAUCACCUUCAAGGACCAGUACAUGGGACGUUCGGAAAUGUGGCGCCUAAAGACCUAUUUGACUGACACCUGUGUGUAUGUAAACAAGAAGAUAGACUACAACGACAUGCAGAUCCGGUGCCAGGUGUACGAGAUGUGGUCGCAGGGCGAGCGCGUGGCCAGCGGCGUCAUCACGGAGGACACCAAGAUCGUCUUUCGCAGUAGCACCUCCAUGGUCUAUCUUUUCCUGCAGAUGUCCUCCGAGAUGUGGGACUUUGACAUUCACGGAGACCUGUACUUUGAGAAGGCUGUGAAUGGCUUUCUGACUGAGCUUUUCCAGAAGUGGCGCAAGCUGAGCUGCAACCACGAGGUGACCGUAGUGCUCUUCUCCCGCACCUUCUACGCGGCUAAAUGUCUGGAUGAGUUCCCCGAACACAUGCGCGACUGCCUGCAGCAAGACUACAAGGGUCGCUUCUAUGAGGAUUUCUACCGCGUGGCCAUCCAAAACGAAAGAUGUGACGACUGGUGCACUGUGCUGGGACAGCUGCGCAAGCUGUUCACUUCCUACCAGGCCACAGUGUUGCGCUACCAUGAAAGGGAGAAUAUGAAGAUCCCUCCGGCCACGAAUUCCUCUGCCACGCAGGGCAACUUUUUAGAGGUGCUGAACAUCUCACUGAACACCUUUGAGAAACACUACCUGGAUAGAACCUUCGACCGCACCGGGCAGCUUUCUGUGGUCAUCACCCCGGGAGUGGGGGUCUUUUCCGUGGAUCGGGAGCUUACCAACAUCACCAAGCAGCGCAUUAUCGACAAUGGAGUGGGCAGCGAUCUGGUCUGCGUGGGAGAGCAGCCCCUGCAUGCGGUUCCAUUGCUUAAAUUCCACAACAAGGACACUACUUUGACCUCCGCUGAUGACUACUCCCUGCCGCACUGGAUUAACCUGAGCUUUUACUCUACCAAUAAGAAGAUUGCUUAUUCCAGUUUUAUACCCAGAAUCAAACUGCCUCUCUUUGGCUCACAGCUAACGCUCCACGAUGGUGUGGGCGACGGCGAGGGCGAGGAGAACGAGCGUCACUUCCUUAGCUGCAAUCAGUCGGAGUACAAGCACAACUCGCUCUUCGACUACGAUGCUUAUGACGAGCAGAUCUUCCAGCCGCUGCCCGCUCAAAGUACUUGCUCCUUGCAGCGCGUGGUGCGUGCCAAGAAGACUUCGGUGCCCAGUCUGGAGACCUAUGCUUAUAGGAACAACGACUGGGAGAACCUCACGCCCACUCAGAUCCCGGCCAUGCGGCGCAAGAUGUCCGACCCAGACAUUCACCACGGCACCUCAGCAAUGCUGGCGGCAUUGCAGCCGGAUACCACGAAUCUCUCAGAGUCACUGGCUUCAGAGAAAAACUCCCGGCGGACGAUCGUCAGCAUUGCUCCCAUAGUGCGUCCCGGCCGUGCCCUGAUCAAUCCCUUUGAUCCCUCGCAAGUGACCAUCAAACUGACCUCCAAUCGUCGUCGAUGGACGCACAUCUUUCCAAAGGGUCCAACCGGUGUGCUUAUACAGCAGCAUCACUACCAAGCGGUGCCGGCGAAAGCUCCACAAGCAGGUCAGCAGAAACCCUUGCAGCAGAUCCAGAACAACAGCCAGUCUGGGUGCAACAACAACAACGAGCAGGACGAUUACGGAUGCGAGAGUGCAGAGCAGUACGACCGAGUGUCCAGCCAUUCGCUGCUGAGCAAGUCAGCCUCCUCGCAGAGCUUUGUGAUGGGUGAUGAGAAGAUGGACUUUUUCAAGAGGCGUCAGAACUCGCUGAUGAACGCCCAGCCCGCCAAUGUGCCCAACCUAACGGCCACCCAGGCGAAGUCCUACCUCUGGGGAGCCACCGGUGAGCAGGAAUGGACGCCAGCAAUUACCACGGUCAAGCAUCUGAGGCCGAUCGUCGAGGGCGAGCAUCAUCAUCUGGGCGGCCUGGAGGCCCUAAGGGCUGUAGACCCGCCCCCCGAGCCGGAGGCGGAGGCGGGCGGCGGAAGAGGAAAGAUCAUCAUAGGCGUCGACUGGAAGUCGCUCACGAUCCCCGCCUGUCUGCCCAUCACCACGGACUACUUCCCGGACAAACGUUCUCUGAAUAACGACUAUGUGAUCUCGGAUUAUACCCUGCUGCCCGAUGAUGUGAAUCAUGAUUAUGCCCAGAGUAGAGCUGUCUACCGGAAGCCCCUGUCCACGGAGGAAGUGUGCAAGGAGAUCGUGUCGCAGCGCCUGGCUCAGGGCUUCCAGCUGAUUGUGGUCGAUGAGAAGCCCCCGUCGGCGGGCGGUUGCUCCUCGGGAUCGGCCGUGCUGCCAGUGAAGCCUCCGUGUGAGAUUAACAAGGAGUACCUGCUCUCCAUUGGCCGCAUCUUUCACAAGAUCUCUCUGAGCGGUUCUGUGAUCACGGUCACGGGCUACAGACCCAGACACCCUUAUCCCCCCAUAAAUGUGGACUACCGGUACCGCUUCCAUGCCCCACAGCACGAGACCUACGAAAUCUCCGGCGUGAAUUUCACCACGGAGAAGCUGGAGAACUUUAACUGGAACCACAUGGAUCUGUACAUCUGCACGCGUGGUGAUGUGGAUUACCCACUAAUGGAGAGCCUCAAGUACUGGCGCUAUCGCAUGUACCUGCUGCCCAGGGAGAACAUUGUGACCAAGAUCGCCAGCUGCCAGCGCUGCGACAUAUUCCCCGAUGUGACUGCGGAUAAUACCCGGGAACAGGUGGAGGACUUUGUCCGCCUUAUCGAGGCGGUCAGCAAGCUGAAGCGCCAAUAUGCGCGCAAGGCGAGAGACAGCCCCAUCGCCCACAUAACCAAGCGGAGACACAGUACCAGCAUUAUAUCCAGGCCUCAGCCUAACCAGGGACUCACGAACUCUCCGUUCCGGGAGCGAGUCGGCAGUAAUCGACUGCCGGAAAAGCGACCCAGCAUUAAUGUGCGUCCCAAAUUGGAAAACGGAAGGAUUCCUCGUAUAUUUCCCGCCACCGAUGCAGUGGCAGCUGCAGGAAUCGCCGCCAGAGAUGACCAGGAUGACGGCUUCCACGUUGACAUCCAAUUCAGUCCGAAUGCCACGCUGGCCGAGAUCUUUGAGGCCAUGAAGCAUCCAGUGAACGGAGUGGGCUUCUUCUCCCAGACCCAGUCACUGCCCUCCUGCACUUUUGUGUCCUACGAUGCGCUGAUGUGGCUGAAGACCCGCCUCAACAAUGGACGACAUCAUCCCCUGGAUUUGCUGGAGGCCAUGCGAAAGGAGCGCAUGAUCUGCCAUGCCUCUGGUGACUGGAAGAAGCCUGUGGUGCCUGGUUUUGUCUUCUACUAUGUGGUGCAGCAGGACAAGAAUGCCAAAGAUUACGCCGCACCUUUGGGUGACUACAGCGCCUUUGUCAACGAAUGGCUGGAGAUUGAGUUCCAGGGCUGCAGCUUCCUCUGGCACGAUGAGCCGGUGACCACCCCAGUGCCCAAUUUCCUGAGGGACUGUCCCGCCCCCCAAUCCUGGACAGAAACCUGCAGUAACAAGCGCGUCUAUCGCCAGUCGCAUCUGGAGAUCGAUGUGAACCAGAAGAGCGAUCGAAUGGAGUGGGGUCAUGUCAAGCAUCACACAGUGCUGCAGCCGAGAUUCGCCUUUGAGAUUGUGGUGGAGUGGGUCACCUCAUCGGGUCCCAUAGUGGCUGAUUUGAUUGGCGGCUGGAUGCGCAAGGCGAAUCAGUUUAAUUUCCUGGUAUCAGUGCCAGCAGAUCCAAUGGCAGAGCCUUUCACCAAGAAGUCAGAUCCUCUGAGGGGACCUAUAUUCAUUCCGCUAUGCACUACAUUCCUGUCCAAUGGAGCUGCUCUUUUCGAUGAAUUUCCCGAGGAUAGCAGAUCGGAUCGCAUGUUGUUCUUGCAGGAGGCCAUCUUGGCCAAGUUUGGAUUUUUGCCCUGCGUUUUGGAAAAGAAAUACAGUGUCGGCAAGGAUCUACCAAAGGAGUAUCAGUAUGUGCACUGCACGGGCAACAUGUUUGCUUUGAUACGCUGCGCCACGAACAAUUACCAGGUGGAAUCCCCCAUUCUGCAGGAGGCGAAUGUCACGCGCUGCGUCUAUGGUCACACGAACAACACCAAUGUGCCCAAGAAAGUGGGUUUCCUGUGGGCCUGGAAUCACAUGAUACCCAACAAGAAGUGGAAGGCCCAGACUAUCAACAACUCCGCAGACGGGGAGCUCUUUCAGCUUAAGAUGCUGAAGGACUUCCGCGAGUUCUGCUCGAACAGCGAUCAGCGCCUGUCCACUUUCUGGGCACAAUCCCAGGAACUGAAGCGCAGGGCCCAGAAGUUCGAGAAUAACAACAAUAACACCGACGAGUUGAAGAUCAGAGCUUAGAGUACAAGUGAUUCGCUUUUUAGAUUGUACAUAAACAAUAUAAAGACUAUAAAUAAAUCGGAUCGAAUAUAAGCCUAA